AACACGACACAGCUGGAGAUCAUGGCCGGGCACGACUCCUCCAAAGUUUUCUACGUGGAUAACUUUAAGGCCCUGGAGACUCUGUACAAGAACAUUACUCAAGUCCUCUGCAACAUCACCAAGCAAGUUUGUGAGAAACAGCAGGCCGACCUGGUCUUCCUGCUCGAUCAGUCCGGCAGCAUCAACCAGGAGGACUACACCAUCAUGAAGAAGUUCACCACAGAUCUAGUGAACAGCUUCAAAGUGAGUGAGGAACUAGUGCGUGUUGGGCUCGCUCAGUUCAGCAGCGAGUUCCAGGACGAAUUUGACCUCAACAAGUUCUACAGCCAGGAAGCGGUGAACAAGCACAUCUUGAGCAUGACGCAGAGGGGUGGAGGCACUAAAAUCGGACUGGCCCUGGACUCCAUCAGGGGUUAUUUCGAGGCGUCACGUGGCAGCAGAAGAUCUGCCGGGAUCUCCCAGAAUCUGGUGCUGAUCACAGACGGGGAAUCUCAGGAUGACGUUGAGGAUGCCGCCGAUAGUCUCCGGGCUCUGGGCAUCGAGGUGUUCGCCAUCGGCAUUGGAAACGUCCACGAUCUGGAGCUCCUACAGAUCACAGGAACACCGGAGAAUCUGUUCACCGUCAACGACUUCGGCAGCUUGGAUAAGAUCAAGCAAAAGGUGGUCGAGACAAUCUGCAAAUCCGAAGUUGAGGACGAUGGCCCCAUACGUGACUGCAGCAUUGAUAUCGCCAUGGGAUUCGAUAUUACUCGGAGAACGGCUGGUGGGAUUCUGGUCAGCGGUCACACCAAGCUCCAGAGCUUCCUGCCGGAAAUCGCCCGUUACGUGUCCUCGGUUCAGGGUCUGUGCUGCACCGGCACUGCGCCCGUCAAAACCAACAUCGCGUAUCGACUGGUGGCUGAAAACGGAGUUACUCGUGACGACUUCAACUUUGAGGGCUACAGCGAGGAGGUGUUGAGGAAAGUCAUGACCCUGAAUCUGGCAGAGCCUACUUACUUCAACACCGCCAUGUUGAAAUCCUUCGGACAGAAGUUCAACACCCAGUCCAGAGCCAGCGUGAAG